AAAAAGCUCUCUCUUCUUCUUCUUCUUUUUUUUCUCUCUUUUUCUCUCUCUCUCUCUCUCUCUCUCAAACAAAAAGAAAAGAAUAGAAUAGAUGAAGAUGGUUGCAGGAGAUCAAAUCCAAAAGUACUCGACAAUGCCAGAGGUAAUAGAGGAAUUAAAGAGAAUGAAGGACAUUGGUUUACCUAUUGCUGCAAUGGGCCUGGUGGGCUACCUCAAGAACAUGAUUUCAGUUGCAUGCAUGGGAAGGUUAGGCCCUCUUGAACUUGCUGGUGGUGCCCUUGCCAUUGGUUUCACCAACAUCACUGGUUACUCUCUUCUCUCCGGCCUUGCUAUGGGUAUGGAACCUAUUUGUAGUCAAGCUUUUGGUUCUCGAAAUCUUUCUCUAUCAAUUCUCAUUCUUAGAAGAACCAUUCUUAUGUUACUAUGUGCUUCUCUCCCUAUUGGAUUACUAUGGAUUAACCUUGAACCAAUCAUGCUUGGACUUCAACAGAAACCAGAUAUCACAAGAGUAGCAAGUAUUUACUGUCAAUUUGCUCUUCCUGAUCUUAUCUCUAAUAGUUUUCUUCAUCCUCUGCGUAUCUACUUACGUAGCAGAGGAACCACAUGGCCACUAAUGUGGUGCUCUUUCCCUGCUGUCCUUCUACACCUACCCAUCACUGUUUUCUUAGCAUUCAAUCUCCGGCUUGGCGUUUCCGGUGUCGCGGUGGCCAUAGUUAUCACCAAUUUCAAUUCUCUUCUAUUCCUUCUAUGUUACAUGUUCUAUACAAGAACUUCUCAAGAACCUCUAUGUAUGCCUUUAUCUCCACCUACAUCCACAUCAAGUACUAUAGGCGAGGAAUGGGGAAAGUUGUUCAGACUUGCAAUACCCAGUUGUUUAGCGGUUUGUUUGGAAUGGUGGUGGUACGAGUUUCUCACAGUCAUGGCUGGUUAUCUAGGAAAACCUCGAGUAACACUUGCGACAUCGGCGAUUGUUAUACAAACCACUUCUCUAAUGUACACUUUGCCCAUGGCACUUGCUGCUUCAGUGUCUACAAGGGUUGGUAAUGAGCUUGGGGCAGGAAACCCAAGAAAGGCUCGUUUGGCAAGUCAUGUGUCCAUGGGAUUAGCUAUUGUAGCUUCCAUGGUUGGGUUGAUUUGGAAUACUAUAGGGAGACAAGCUUGGGGGAGAGUGUUCACACAAGAUAAUGAGGUUCUUGAGCUGACCAUGGCAGUGUUACCCAUUAUAGGUUUAUGUGAGCUUGGGAAUUGCCCACAGACGACAGGUUGUGGUGUUCUAAGAGGGACUGCAAGGCCAAGCAUUGGUGCUGCCAUAAAUUUCUAUUCCUUUUAUAUGGUGGGAGCACCUGUAGGGAUAUUUCUUGCAAUAGUAUUGAAAGCAGAGUUUAUGGGGCUUUGUUAUGGGUUGUUAGCAGCACAGAUUGCUUGUGCACUCUCAAUUGGAACAGUGAUUUAUAAGACAAAUUGGGAGAGAGAGUCAUUGAAGGCAAGAGACUUGGCUGGAAUUGAGAGAUGUGAAAGGGCACAUGAUGAUGAUGAUGAGGAACAAAUAACAACCAAAUGUGAAGAAGAAGAAGCAGAGUUUCUGAAAGAGGUAACCAUGGAAGCGUGA